CAAGAAUUGAACAAAGAUGGCGGCGCCCAGAGUGGUAUGACCCGAGAGCGGCAGAAUGAGACCGGUCGAGAUGGAGAAGGAGACGGAAUGGGACAGUCCGAGGGCGGUUGCCGUGUGAACCUUGCUGAUGCCCCCGGCGAUGUCUGAGGACGGCUCUGCCCCGGCCCUCGGCGGCCCUCCUGCCCUCCCCGAGUGCAUCAAAGAUCCUGAGAUCCCCAAAACUGGAUGGGAGCGAAUCCGAGAGCUUUUCCAGCCCAACGAGCAGGGCUCGUACCCCGAGGAGGUGCAGAACGUGGCGAAGGGGGCGCUGACGGGGCUGAUGCUCGGCUGGGUUUAUGGGGGGAUCCCGGCUGCCAGACUCAGCAAAGAGCGAUUCAUCCAGCAGAGCCAGGCGGACGUUUAUUGCCACCGAGUGGAGGCCGUGCGCGCGGCGCACAACGCUGCCCUGCGGGGCUUUAUCCGCUACGGCUGGCGCUGGGGCUGGAGAGUAGCCGCUUUUGCCACCAUCUUUAACUCUGUCAGUACCGGCCUGUCUGUGUACCGGGAUGAGGUCGUCCUCAGUCAUUAUGCAGCGGCUGGAGGUGUCACCGGAGGACUUUUCCGGAUACAUCUUGGUCUCCGAGGACUGCUGGGAGGCUCGUUAAUCGGAGCGUUACUCGGGGUCCCGGCUGGCGCUCUCAUCUCUGGGCUGCAGGCGCUUUCCGGUGAGAACGUGCGGGAAAAGAAGCAGAGAGAGCGUCGGCAUCUCUAUCAUCACAAGCUGGAGGAGUGGGACGCCCGGCUGCAGAUCACCGACGAAGUGUUGCAGGAGAUGGGAGCGGCUGGGAUCGAAUCGGCUGAGACCCACGUGGAGAAGAUUGACGAAUUGCUGCAGCUUCCGCGGAACCCGGAGUCUGAGGCGGAGGAGGGGUGACCGGCGCGGAGGAGGGGUGACCGGCGCGGAGCGUCUGCUCCCCAGAGACACGCAACUAUAUGCUAUAAACUGUGGCCCCCGUUCCGCAUGAACCACGCGAUGUGAACACUGCCCUAGACUGUAUGCCGGCAUGGCGGCCGGGCUCUCGGUACCUGCGGUCACCGCGUGCAGCUCCACCAAUAGCGUUCCGGAGCCGCGGAGCGGCGGAUCUGUGUGUAGAAAGUGCCGUCCGGCACCGCCGAGCCAUCACUAAUAAAAGGAUUAUCAUCAUGUGGUAAAUUAA